UGUCAAGCCAACGUCCACCGGCGCCAUCUUGAUGGGCUAAAUAACAGUGCUUUGGCUGUGUUUACGUACAAAAUUUGCGUUUUCCUUGUGGGGAAUGGAAAAUAAUCGAAAUUAUCUGAAGAGAACAAACUGCUGUGUACUGGCGGUGACUUAAAUCGUUUAAUUUAUGAAAUUUGACGACGAGGUUUUGUUGAUCGCGGUGUUUUUAAAACGAUAGAACGAUGUUCUACGCACACUUCGUGUUGGCCAAAAAGGGCCCGCUGGCCCGAAUCUGGUUGGCGGCCCAUUGGGACAAGAAGCUGACGAAAGCUCACGUAUUCGAGACGAACAUUGAGAAAUCCGUCGACGGUAUUUUGCAGCCCAAAGUGAAAAUGGCUUUGAGAACGUCGGGGCAUUUGCUGCUGGGGGUGGUGAGGAUUUAUUCCAGGAAAGCAAAGUAUCUCUUGGCCGAUUGUAAUGAGGCUUUCGUCAAGAUUAAAAUGGCCUUUAGGCCUGGAAUGGUCGAUCUGCCGGAGGAACACAGAGAAGCCGCUGUUAAUGCAAUUACCCUGCCCGAAGUUUUUCACGAUUUUGACACUACAAUGCCUGAACUUAAUGAUGUGGACAUUGAGGCUCAGUUCAGUUUGAAUCAGUCCAGAGCUGAGGAAAUCACAAUGAGGGAAGACUACGGUACCCUCUCCAUGGUCACAAAUGAUGAUGGUUUUGGUGACAUGGGUUUUGAUACAGACCCGCCAGAUUUGAUGAGGCAUGCCUCAGGGUUGGAACCUUCAAUGGAACAGAGCAACCUGUUGUUUAAUGAUGGUCCAGUUUUGGAGGAUAUGGAAAAAGAUAGGGAACCAAUUGCAUCCACGUCUGGUACCCAACACGAUACACCCAUGGAAAUUGAUAGUUCAGUGAGGGAUGAUGGGUUUGGAACCAAUUUAGAUCAAAAUAUUAUUUCUGGCGGUCUAUUCGAGGGCGGGCUGUUCGACGACGCCCCCAUGGGGGAGGUGCCCCCCGUGGACCAGAGCAUCCCCGACCCGUCGUCUGCGCCGCUGCCCAUGGCCGCCGCCGACAGCGAGGACGACGACGACGGCAUGGCCGACUUCGGCGGGCCGCCGUCCGUGGGCGGCGACACCUCGGACGCGGACAGCCGCCCCCCGUCCGCGAUGGGCGCGGCCCCCUCAGUGCCCUCGCCCACCCCCACGGUGCGCUCCAUGCACCCGGAGCCGCAGCUGGACCCGCCGCCGCAGGAGGCGCCGACCCCCGACCAGACCACCUUGAUCCAGAACGAGGAGGAGAGCUUCGCCCUCGCGCCGGUGGAUGCCUCCGCUUUGAGGGGCCUCACCAAGUCCAAGCGCAAAAGGAAACUCAUCGUAGACGAGGUGAAAAACAUAUCUGGCGAAGAAAUGAAGAACCAACUGUCGGACACGUCGGACAUCGUGACAACGCUGGACCUGGCGCCCCCCACCAAGCGCCUCAUGCACUGGAAGGAGACGGGCGGCGUCGAAAAACUGUUCGCUUUACCCGCGCGAGUGAUUCCCGCGCGAGUGCUUUUCAAAAACUACCAGCGGCACUUAACCCUGCGCGCCAUCGGCAUCGAGGACUUUGCGGUGCUGGGUGACCCCGACUCGCUGGCGCUGGACCAGAUGAGGGAUGUCGGGGAGGAACUUCCCACCCUGCUGGAACUUCCCACUCCCGCCAAGAGGGGCAGGAAGCGCAAGAACCUGGAGGAACCGAACCGGACGCCGAUGCACCUUCCGGAACCGGAAACGCCCGCCAUGCUGCACGAGUCGCUGGCGGGCGCCAUGAUGACGCCUUUAGCCGCCCCUCCCACCCCGAUGGGCGUGCUGGCCGCCCCCCCGACGCCCCUGAUGCACCUCAAUCUGAACGACGACAUGCCGCCCCCGGCCACGCCGUCCAUGAUGUACCCGCCGACGCCCGGCGGCGGCGGCAUCGGCUAUCCGCACACGCCGGCCCCCCCCACCCCCAUCCACUCCAUGGUGGACGAGAUGCCCCACCUGGCCCCCGACCAGGUGCACUCAAUAUUGUCGGACGAAAACCUGAGCAGCGAAGGGCACAUGCCCAUGCCCAUGACGCCCGCCCAUCACGCAGGGGACCUGCUGGCGGGGGUGGGGGAAACGCUUCCGCCCCCUCUGCCGCCCCAUCCCGCCGAUCUGGACUCUUCCGGGGGCGGGGGGCUGCCUCUGGAGCAGCUGGACAACCUGCAGCACCUGAAUCUGACGCCGCAGAUGGAGAACAUGGGCUACAUAGAUCAGAUGGCCAACAUGGGGUACGACGACCAAAUGCCCGACCAGACCCCCGCGGGGGGGAUGUCGGAGAGGAUCCACUCUCCGUGGGCGGGGGGCGCGGACUACGACUUCCCCCACUCCAACGAUCCGAACGAGGAGCAGCAGCAAGACGAAACGGACGAGCAAUUCGAGGAGAGGGUUUUGAACAAGCGAGCUUAUCAAAUGUUUACUUCCGUGAGGGGAAAGCUGCAAAACUCCAAUCAAAUCACUUUGACGGAGAUGUGCUUCAGGAACACCAAGAAACAGGCGUCUCAAAAGUUCUACAGUUUACUGGUACUGAAAAAGUUCCAAGUGUUGGAGUUGGAACAACAAGAAUCGUACCAAGAAAUAUUCGUGAUGAAAGGACCGAAGUUCGAGAAUCCUGUAAUGUAAGAAACAAAAGUGCUUUUAUUUAUUUCUCGAUUUUUUCCCAAAAAAAAAUGGACUCCUUUUUUAUUUUAUACCCUAGAGACGGCAUUUCGUAUGCCCACGUAUUUAAUAUAUUUUUGAAAUGUUACACUUGUACAUAAUUUAAUACUUUAUAUUUUGAAAAAUAAGGGAACAAAGUAUCCAAAUUUUUUAUUGUAAUUAUUCAUAAGUAAGGUUUCAAAUGUCUACACUACCAAAGUUUCUAUAGUUUAUUGUUUAGCAACAAAGUUGUAAAAUCUUUUUUCUAUUCUCAAAACAAAUUAUUAAAAACAAUUGAAUCGGCGAGUUCAAGAAAAGUCCGAAAUUUUGACAAAUUAUUUUUAUAGUUUAAAAUGCAUAUUUGUGG